AGAACCCUGCUUCUUCGGUCACUCGCGUCUCGAGGCCCCAGUGAACACCUAACCGAGUCUACCUCGAGUCUCGCCCAGACGGCAAAGAACUCCCUGGACUCUCCAAGGACUGGCCUCUCCUCUGACGUCACCCUCUACCUGCUUCCUGGCGCCGUCAACGGGACUGCCUCCUGUGUUGUAUAAGAGCGUGUAUGGAAGGAAAUUUCCGCUUAAAUCAUCGGAAAUUGAAAUUCCCGGCUCUGUCCAGGUAUAUGCGCAAGCGUGGAAAGCCCCCCUCACACUCCCUGGUUAGCCACCAACCCGAGACACCGGUCACUCUUGCUCGCGGAACCAGACUGGCCGGUAGUUCUGUUCUUCACCGUCUUUCUUCCUGCAUCUACGUUGGUUAUGUCGACUAAACGUGUGUGUGCUGCGUCUGGCUGCUACGUCAGGAUUUCAUCAGAUGGUCAUCAGAUGGGCACAACCAUUGUUCUCCUCGUGUUUCACUCAGGCAGGCUUCGACCGCCUGUUCUGUAUGCGAGGUGUCGGUGGAGGAGAUUCGUGCUACCCCUCCAACAGCCCGCGCCAAGCUCCCCGCCCUUGAGCUCCUUCGGGGCGCGUGGCAGAGGGCGCGGAAGUUCAGGUUUUCAGGUGAUUCCCCCCUGUCUUGGGCUGGUCCAGCGCUGGGAGUGGAGUUGGGGCUCACUUGCUCCCGCAACCCGUCCUGCGUCUCCGAGCCGCCCAUGGGUUCACGACCCAGGCCUCUCGGGAACCAGGGGGACGAGGAUGUUGGUCUAGAGGAUGGCGUCCCUGAGGGUCUUGUGGCCUCUCAGUAGCCCCAUGCCUCGGACCGUUUCCGGCACUCUACCGGCUCCCGACCAUCCUCAUUGGGCAAACCCAGGACCUCGUCUUCUCGUGGUCCCUCUCGCGGGUCCUGGGAAGUCCCAGCCGAGAAACGUCUUUGUCUCCAGGGAGGCCUCGAACUUGCCGUUCGUCUCCGUCCUCGACCUCGACCUCGACCUCGUCCUCUCCAUCCCCCUGCCCUGCUCCCUGCCGUAAGCACCGCAAGGGCGGGGUGCCGGUAGAGACAGGUGGGGGGGGGGAGGCAGUUUGGCCUCCCAGGUUGCUGCCCUCCUUCCUUCUUUGCUUGGGCCCGUCCUCGACACUGCCCUGUCCCGCUUCCCGGCUUUAAUGGCUUCCCAGUCUGGACUUCCCCUUUUUCAAGGGCUGCCAGCUGGUGCCCCGCAGCCUCAGCCCUCUUCCUCUGCUGCGAGGGUGGAACUGGGUGCCCCUUCUCAAGUGAUACCACCUUGUCAUCAUUCUCUCCGUUUGGAGGACACGGGGGUGCACCACCCCCGUUCUCCCCCUGCCUCGCCUCUUGCACCCUUCCCUGACUUGCCAGAGUUCCGUCCCUUUUCCUGGUGUGAACUUCCUGAGUCCUGGGAAUACUCUUUUGGGGAGGAUGGUAAGCUGGUGGCCUGGUCUCCCGACGCCUCUGUACCAGAGGGUUUGAGGAGGAGGGAGGACGUGAUAUUGAAGUGGACCAACGACAAGGAGGGAGCCAAGGUCCUCUACAAGAUUCGACCCCUCUCAGCCCCAGUCUCCACGUCUUCGAGAGUCUCCGCCUCGAACACUUUGGAUGCAAUUGGUGCCUUACUCGAGAACCCUCGUCUGAAUCCAGAGGGGCACAUGUUCAUCGACAGGUCCAAAGACUCUCCAGCAGUUGCCUUUUCCCCAGAUGCCUGGUUCCCUCAGGUGAAGGGGGAAUAUGCCCUAGACAUCCCUGCACUUCUUGAGAGGUCCCAGGAUCAGCCCACAGCAGCUCCACCUCGGCGGGCGGUUCCUCCGUCUUUUCCUGUUCUGCCUCCUCCCAUCGCGCCAGAAGGACUCCGUGACUGCCUGUGGUGGUCGGGUCGAGACCGCGACCUGCCCCAUCAACUUUGUGAGCCUGAGGCAAAGUUGCUGGCUGCGGAGUCCUCGGCUAGACAGGACUUGGCCUCAACCAUCUCGUCUGUCACGGCGGUGGCGAUGAUGAGGACUUGGCUGAGAACGCUCGCUGUGGAGUUUCAGAAUUUUCCACUGGAGGAGUUGCGCGAUGCCCUGAUGGCUCUCUCUACAGUGGCAGAAGGUGCGGCCAAUAUGGUUUCGGUGGCCUUGCCCUCGGCGGCAAGGACGUUCGCCGAGGCUUGCCUGGCUGCUCGCUUGUCAGCUUCGCGGUCGGCUCCAGAUAUGGCUCGUAGAGGCCUGGUUCGGGCGGCUCCCCUUUACCGCGGCCUCUUCGACCAGGAGGUGACGGACCGUGUCUUCGCUUCGGUCCCGGCAGUCAUCCAGGUCCAGCCCCCUGCUCCACCAAGGACCCGGUCUGUUCCUGCUCCCAGGUUCCGCUCUCUGGCCGGACGCCCACCCCCGUUUGCCUGCCAGCAGCAGCGGGUGUAUCGUCCUCCUCCCUCGAGAGCGAACGACCAGCACCCACGGCGGUCUCGGCAGCCGCAGCCCUUUCGGAGCCAGCAGCCACGGAACCACGUUUCCCGCCAGCACCAGAGGACUUCCAGUUAUCCCCAAUCGGGGAUAACUUCUCCUGGGGUCAGCUUGCCUUACCAACAGCCUUGCAGCUUCUCUCCAAGCAUCACUUCAGCUUCACGCUUGGAGUUUUACGGAGAGCUCUCUACCAUCGCUGCUCCUCCACGGCGGUGGACAAGAUGCUGAGGGCUUACCGCCUAU